CGCCGAUCCAUCAUCCACCACCCACCACGACCACACUAUCGCCACUUACCUCACAUCAUCACACAUGACCACGAGCAACCUCAUUCCCUUCGUUCUUAAUUACAUAAACCCGCCUCCCUCAGCUGCCCUUAUCCACUCGUCCUGUACACCCCUACCGCCCACCGUUACACCGCCCUCACCCACGACGCACAGCACCCCAAGCCUGUUGGCGGCGGCACACGUGAAACAAAAAGGAAUCUACAGGUACUCUUGGGCCCACCAGGAUCUGCAACCUAAUGAGGGACUGCGCGGAGGAGCCUUACUGUACUCUCUCACUCGCCCGAGCGACUGCCCCUUUUCUCCCAAGUUGGACAUUUGCGAGGCAGAACCGUCGGCACGUUCGAUGGAUGCGCCGUGAGUUGAUUCCUGUGACCUGUGGCACACCACAGGUAUAUUUCACAGCGCUGUACUCUUAACUCUACGACUGCGCUGCCCAAGGAAAAAAUGUAAAACAAUAACAAUAAGAUUUAUAUCUGCCUGCCUGGAGUAUGUACUUUGGAAAAUGCAACCCUCCCUCGGGCGCUGAGACAUGUCCGACUCCUCUUAGCGGAUCUCGCCAAGGCCCUAUUUGGUAUUUGGUCCAUGCGGUCCGAGUUGCAUUGCUAUAGUAACCCACCGACUCCAUAUCUGAAUUUGACUCAACUAUUGCAAAAGUACUGCUAACCGGCACCUUAGUCAGCCUUCCAUGACUUUGCAUCUCUGUUGCAGGGCUCGAUGUGAACGGAGUAUGUCGGCACUUUGGUCCACUUAUAUCUCCUGUCACCAAACGCCCAGCCCAGGAUUUACCCAGAGUAGAGUAAGUCGUCCCAAUGCCUCAUACUACACAUAUAUAUGUAGUAGCCUCCAUACCAUACCUUGAGUGCCUCUCAUAGAUAUAUCUCCUUUGCGUCCCUUGGAAAGCUCUCGCUGGGGCAGUAGGGGCACUUGAACCGCUGGCCCUUGCUCAGCCUCUGCAGACUCUCUUUGGCGACGACAUGGCCGCAUGGCAUCAUCAUUGGAGGGUUUUGCUCAGUGCUCUGUUCUUUGCUGACUGGGCAGACAAAUAUCGCGUGGUAAGUCAUCGACCUUGGCAGGGGUAUUUCAACGGGAAGCUCGUGUUGCGUCGUCCACUCCGUCCGCUUCUCCUUCAUGAUAUUCGCUAGUUUGAGUAACGUGGGGAGUGCAAUGGCCCCAGCUGUGACAGAGAUGUAGAGAGGUGAAUCUGCAGACAGCCCAAGUAGGGAGCAGAAUUCACGCGUAAACGACUGUGCAACUUCGCUCCAAGCACUGUCUGUUUCAAAGGUGAGACGAUACGGCGAGUCUUGCAAGUUCGACUCAAAUGCCAUGGCUGCAGACAACUGCUGAAUGUCGCGGAGGAAGCGAGCCUGGAACCGCCCAAAGCUUUCACGUGCAUAUGUAAUAGCCCCGGGAAGGCCAUUCCGUGAGUCGUUCGGUAGGCCGUUCACUUGAGGUCCUUGGAAGAGCCAAACGUAUUGUAGCUUGGUAAGCUCGAAUUCAAGGUUGCUACCUCGCUUCUCCAGUUCGGAACUAUGCUCCCUGGCCCAUUCAAUGGCUGGCAACAGGUUCCUUUUUCGGAGAUGUCCAAGUAUGGCGUACAUGUUGGCGAACUUCGCUUGCAGCUCCUGAGACUUCAGAGAUGUAAACUCCUCUUCAUCGCCAUGAUAUGGAUUCGGCGUUCCUGGGGUAGGCUUUGCUUCCGGUGGGCUCGCGUGCGCCUCUUCGAUGAAUGUAGACGCAACGGCGAACUGGCCUUCGCGGAGGAGAUGCAUGGCAAUAGCCCGGUUGAUAAGGGUCGGAUGUGAAGCAAGAGCAUCAUAAUCGGUCGACAGUGUUUCCGAUGGAAGAGACUUCUGCGAUAGGUUCUAGAAGACCAAGAGUUAGCUUGAGCAUGUCCAGUGCCACGAUCGGUUCCACACCUUAUCCAACGCCUUUCCAUAUUUAUUGUGCGCAGAGUAUAUCUUCUUGAGGUCAUCUGUGACUCUAUCCAGCCCCUGUUUAAAUGGAUUCUGCAACUUGGCAAGGGUUAUAGACGCAGUGUUCGAGUCUGGAGGUCUGUCAGCGGUGUGCUGACGUAGAAUGCCUGUGAUGGUGCUCCUAACCUGCUGCAAUUGCCUCCUGUGCAUUGCACAGCUGCUCCAAGACUUUGUCGACAUCCUCAAUACUCUGUGAUAGCGAGGCGUCUUUCUGCAGCCGGGCAAGCUCUAAUUGAAGCGCUUCCAUGUUGAAAUGGCUACCCCACCGUCACAGUGGUUCACCUUCGUCGGGAUCCUAGGGUGUCAUCUACUUCGAGGGUUUGAAGAGAUGAUAUACAUGUCAUCGGGCCAUAUGACCCUGCAAUCUGAAGGGCAAGUGAGGUCCUUUGUGCAGCGUAUGGUCAGAGGACAGUGAUCUUCUGUAUUUGAUGUUGCCAGAGCCUCAGUCGUUGAUGGCAUGCUGGUCAUCGUGGACCCGCUCUGGAUCCGGGACGUCUUCCGCACUACUGGGGUCAGAGGAACCUUGGUGUCGUGCCACAGACGCCGAUAAGAGGUACGUACCCCACAUGCUACCCAUACGUCAAAUCGAGUUCGAAGCUUCCAUGAUCUCGCCAUGCAAUAUCCAAACACUGAACGCCUUUCUUGUUGAGUUCGUCUACGGACCAGUUCCAUACGCUGAGCUUUUGCCACACCAAAAGAUCAUCCAUUAAAGCUAGGUGGCUUUUGUCCGUACUGUACAGGUUUCCGAAGCAUUCAUAUCUCCGCUCCCGGACCACAUGCUUGUCAAUGAUCCGGAUAGGAGCUAUUCAGCAUUUGCCCUGAGCGUUCUACAACCGACAGUGGAAGGAGGGGACGUUGAUAUAAACGGCCUGUCACUAGGCUCACAGGAAAUUUCUUCGCUGAGUACGACGAACGCCCAGACUUGGGCACACCGCCAUAACCAAAAAGAUGGCACCCAGUUCUUUCUUGCAAUCAGACGCACGGCUGCACCGUGAAGAAGACUGGACUCUCUCCGGGACAUCUUCAGUUCAGGCUAGCUCAUCAAAGAGCCCUGGGCCAGCUUCUCUUGACGGCAACGCAACCUAUGGCACUCCAGAAACCAAUACACAUCAGUCGGGAUCCACUGCAUCCCACCGACGAUUUGUCUUUACCGACCCCAUAGCGUUCAGAUAUCUCGAAGAUGACUCGGCAACGGUUGUAUUGGAGCGCCGGGGGGGGCUGAAAGGCUACCAGCUAUACUUGGUUGAGCAAUGGGCAUGCUCUCGCGUUCAUCCCACGUUCCUCAUAACGACUUUUACAGGAGACCCUACCCAUACCGUUCUAGUUGGAGUCUUGGGUGUGCCGGCCAAUGAAGAAGUCUGGUCUCCACGCCUCCGGGUUUACUUCAAGGCAGUAUCCCAAUUCCACGCAAGGCUGAAGGAUACUACUCUCGGGAUGCUUAUGGUCACAAAUCUGAGCGGGUUCCCUUCAGCUCUGACCGUCAUUCCUGUGCCAGAUGGUGAUAUCAAAAGCCAUCGGGAGGAUUUUAUUGUCAAUGAAAAUCUGAAGAGGCUGGGGUGCUCAGGACGGUCUGGUUUGAGUCUCGCUCAGCCAGUGGCCGCCACACAAGCCAAAUUUCAUCAACUAUACAAAACAAGCGACCGGAUCGACCUAUACAGUGCUGUCAUUGAGUUGGUAAAGCUCUGUCAAGUUGCGUUGAUGAUGUUUGGGAAGCUGGAGCAGGAAUACGCAGAUGGUUUACUUUGUGACGUUACGGAAAGGGCCAUCAACGACUGGUGGACUGAAUUUGGGUCUGAAUAUUAUAAUAUCGAGCCAGCCGAUGGCAUCCUUGGUCCAACAACGGUAGCCGCCCUCAUUGGCAUGCUGAUGGGUGCUCGGAAUCGUCUGAAUUACUGCGGUGCGCCUGUCGCAAAGGAUGCCUUCGACAUCACCAGUCUAAAACGCGGCAUCGCUUCCUUUCAAAAAUCUCAAAAGUUGGAGCGUACUCGCAGGCUUGAUAGGCAGACUCUUGCGUGCUUACGCCGAUGCACAGCAAAGGCCGCAGCUGGUGAAGGUUGGGCAGUGCCAAAGGCUGUGAAGUCCACAGUGGUCGAGCUCAGUGGAAAGGGUGGUGAGAUGAUGAUGGGUAUGGUUGGAGCGCGUGACAAAGCUGGUAUUGGGGACAUAGAGACCCUAGACAUCGACCAAUUGGUAUCACUUGUUCAUGGCGACCGUUCAAAAUGGCUAUGGUAUGGGAAACAAAAGAGGAGCGGAACUGGAGACAACUUCGGGAAAUCAUUGCCGGAAAAUGGAAAUAUGGUUUUCAGUCGGGAUACGUCUGGCGGUUACGUAUGGUCCAACAGGAAAAACGAACCCACCCCUGUUGAGGAUGACGAUGAGUUGCGAAGGGAGAAGACCGCAAACACCAUCUAUCCAGUUCGAUCUCCAGGAUCGGCGGUUAGCUUGUCUGAGCCCCCAAAUGAGAGGGAUCCGCAGAUCCGCAAAACAGUGUUCAAGAGCGUGACGGGCAAAAUGAAUGAUGCACGCUCUGGCUUUGGGCGUAUAAAGGACGCUGUUGGAUUAAGGGGCCAUGCUAGCAGGCAUUCAAAAGAUGAAGGAAUAGAAGGGGAGGGUUCCUAUUAUCUUACCCCCGGCACUGCAAACUUCGAUCCCAACACUGGAUCUUCCGCUACACCGGGGAACAUGGGAAAGGCCUUCUCGUGGAAAGCCAAGCCUGAGGAGUAUCAAGGCGGAUAUCGAAAGGACCAGUAUCCACCAUUAACGACAACUCCUUCGGCCAUACCACGGGAAUCGGCUAGAGUACGAGACUCGGAAUCCCCUCCGAGUGACAAUAAAGCCAAUAUUCAGCAAGGAUCAGACACAUCACAAGCUGACAAAUUACCAUCGAGGGUUGAAAAGAAGGUCACCCCACCUGUCAAGCCCGGGAUUGUCAAUGGCGAUGUUGCCACUGCUGAACCUUCCGUCAAUGGGUCCGCCAACGGUAACGCAGAUCUAGAUGAGCCACCCCGAGAUACACAGCGCGGUCCGGACAACAUGUUCCUUUACAGGCGCAGGAGCGUUGCCAAUGUGGAAUCUGUAUACGAGCAGACCCAAAACGAGGCUCGAUGGCCCCGCCAUUUGUCCUUCAGCGACGUAUCGGAGGCUGUUUUGAAGUGGCAAGAUAUAAGUGCUCCUGCAGGCAGGACAGAAUAUACCUUUGGCCCACGUUAUGUAGCCAAGGACGAGAAUAGACUACAUGAUAGAGUCCUAGAACUACACAUCAAUGUUAGCGAGUGGGUAAAAUCCAAGGUUGCAAGCAUCGAGGCCCUCGAAGCCCAGGCCAUGGAGGACCAAGAGGAGUUUCAAAAACUAUAUUACGAGCUCAGCGAGAAUUAUCAUAAUAUCCAAGAGAGCUCGCAGGAUCUGUUGGCGGAAGAACGCGCUCGCCUUGUGGAGGGAACAAACAAAAUUGAGGUGCUGGAUGCCAAAUUGGAAUAUGAGAUCAAUGCACUUGUGUCCAAGGUUGCAGAUGUUGAAGAUGGGGUCGCUCAGUUUGAGACCCAGGUUGACAAUCUCGAAUCUCACGCUACAGAGUUAGAGCAGCUGCUCCAGACUGAGGGAUGGCUGCAUUGGGCAGUUAGGACAUUUACGGGGAUUGGAAUAGGGCCACAUACGGUGGAUGCAUAACCAGGCGAUGUAAUAUAGAUCACUUAAUGAUACAGUUGACCCUUGGUUCAUACUGGGGUAUUUCCUUUCGGUUAGACGUAUUACGGUAUGACCCCUUGGUGGAAAGGGUGCGGUUUCAUUGUAAUAGUCCUGUGCGUGAUAAUCGAACAUUUGGCCCCGUCCUUGGGGGUUGGG